CUUAAAGCUACGCCGCAGAAUCAGUUCCCAUGUAAAACUACGGAAUGAAAAUAAAAAAACCUCCAUUUACGAGAUAUUUACAUUCACAUACCCUCUCUUCCUCUGAAUCCUCUCUUCCUUUCUUGCUCUUCAAUUUCCGUAUCUCCUCCGUCUACCUGAGAUUUGUUGCUGGGGAGGAGAUAUGGCGGCCAAGCUGGGUUCCUUCAAGUACAGUUUCGCGGAGAGAAGGGAGCGGCUGCUCUCAUCCAAGGGCUACUCCGUGCUCGCAGGGUUCAACCCUAUAGGAGACGAGGAAGAAGGCGAAGAAGAAGGAGAAGCUGCAAACAGGUGUUGCUGUUGCUCGUUUCGGUCGGUGUCGGAUAGAGUUUCGAGGUCAUGGAGGACGGUGCAAGAUGUGGCUUACGAGGCCUGCAAGAUGGGUCAGUCCGACCCGAGGAAGAUCGUCUUCGCAGCCAAAAUGGGCCUGGCCUUGAUGCUCAUUUCAUUGCUCAUUUUCUUGAAAGAGCCGGUCAAGGAGCUCAGCCGCUACUCCGUUUGGGCUAUUCUCACCGUCGUCGUCGUCUUUGAGUUCAGUAUAGGAGCAACUCUUAGCAAAGGAUUUAACCGUGGAUUGGGGACGUUGUCAGCUGGAGGGCUUGCUUUAGGAAUGGCAGAGUUGUCAGAAUUGGCUGGAGAAUGGGAAGAAAUUGUUAUUGUUUUGAGUAUCUUCAUUGUAGGAUUUUGUGCAACUUAUGCAAAAUUAUACCCCACAAUGAAGCCUUAUGAAUAUGGGUUCCGGGUAUUCUUGAUUACGUACUGUUUCAUUACUGUAUCUGGGUAUAGGACAGGGGAAUUUAUUAAUACAGCCGUGACCCGGUUCGUUCUCAUCCUAUUUGGUGCUGCUGUUUGUUUGGUAGUAAACAUAUGCAUUUAUCCCAUCUGGGCUGGCGAGGAUCUGCACAAUUUGGUGGCAAAGAAUUUCAUGGGUGUUGCAACAUCUUUGGAAGGUUGUGUUAAUUAUUACCUUAAUUGUGUUGAAUAUGAAAGGAUUCCUUCAAAAAUUCUUACCUAUCAAGCUUCCGAUGACCCACUGUACAGUGGCUACAGAUCAGCUGUAGAAUCUACAAGUCAAGAGGAUGCUCUGAUGGGAUUUGCUAUCUGGGAGCCACCUCAUGGUCGUUACAAAAUGCUUAGAUAUCCAUGGAAGAACUAUGUCAAAGUAAGUGGUGCACUGAGGCAUUGUGCAUUUAUGGUCAUGGCUUUGCAUGGAUGUAUACUUUCAGAAAUACAGGCCCCUCCUGAACGAAGACGGGUUUUUCUAAGUGAGCUUCGGAGAGUAGGUUAUGAAGGUGCUAAAGUGUUGCGUGAAAUUGGGAACAAAGUGAAAAAGAUGGAGAAAUUAGGUACUGUAGACAUACUUGAUGGAGUGCAUGAAGCCGCAGAAGAAUUGCAAAAGAAGGUUGACCAGAAAUCGUACCUUCUUGUCAAUUCUGAGAGCUGGGAAAUUGGAAACCGACACGAGCUGGGAGAGCCCCAGGACUUUCUGAAUUUGGAUGAAGAUGAAAAUAAAAUUCUGCAACACAAGUCCCGUAGUGAAGCCAUACUCGAUCUCCGGUCAGUUACAGUUCCAAAGAGUUGGGAUGGCCAGAUCCCAACUUGCGUGGACUCUACCCUGCCUUCUAGUGUUCCUCCAGAAAACAGGUUCAUGAAACAAGUAUCAUGGCCUCGACGAAUUUCAUUUAAUGCCGAUGCAGUACCAAUGGUGGAAGAAUCCAAAACUUAUGAAAAUGCUAGUGCGUUAGCAUUAGCGACGUUUACAUCCCUUUUGAUUGAAUUUGUUGCAAGGCUUCAAAAUCUUGUUGACUCAUUUGAAGAAUUAAGUAACAAAGCAAAUUUUAAAGAUCCUGAUGAGCAACCGCCAGCAGUUGAGACUGAUGGGUUUUGGAACAGAUUGCGUAAUUGGCUAAAGUUCUAGAAUUCAAUGUGUUCUGCUCAGUUAAAGAUCAUGAAACUGAUGCCCUAUUAGUCUGUCAUCAUUCAGGAUCUAUGCCUUAAAAGAUUUCUCUCAAAUUGAAAUCUGCAUUAGUCAGCAGUUCUUUACUCGGAAAAUUAAUAUGCUUUCUUGUUGCCAAUGCUCUGUGAGAGAGAUUCUGAUGGAGAACUUGCAAUCCAUGUGCCCAAAAACUGGAUGCUGAUAAUAGAUCUGACUGAACUCUUGUAUUUGACUAACUCUAUAAAUCGACAAUGUAGAAUACACUUGGACAUCAUAAUAUAAAUAUUCUCUCUUUUCAAGUGUGCA